UUAUAAAAGUUGUUCCAGUGUUCUGAUGAUUUGUCAAAGUCACCAUACUCAACCGUUUCUGUGAAAUUGAUCAAGAAGUCUUAGUCCAAAACUGAUCUGUGAUUUUGAGGAGUAUUGCUAAGAAAACAGGGCAGUUUAUUAUUCAAAGUGUGAUAACAUUAUCUCUUUACCCCCAAUUAUAAAAUUAUCACCUGUGUUACACAAUUGUAAAUCAAUACAGAAGUUGCUUCUUCAUCAUUUACACAUGAUAACAUAGUAUCUUGUAAUUAGUUGAUACUAUCUGAUAGAUAUAGACAUGGUUACCGCUUGUUAACAGAUUUUCGUAAAAUUGCACUACGACAAACUCCUGCCAGCUUUUCCAAUAUGUGAGAUAUUAUUCCGAUCAUUCAUUGGAAAUGGAAUGGACAUGCGGGAUACAUUCUCGAUAUAGGAAAUAUACUGACAAAUAGAUUCAUUGAUAUGUGCUCGUGGAAUCAUUCUAUUAUUCACAAUAAUUACAAUUGGAAUAGUUUGGAUUUUAAAAUAUGUGCACGAUUUACCGGAAUAUUGUUUUGAUAAGUUUGUACAGUGUGAUCUAUGGGAAUAAAAUUAUUUCAGAAACGGGAGAAGUUCAUAUUUCAAGAGAAGAACAAGAUAAAGCAGUGUAUGACGAACAAGUCAAGUGCUAUCAUAGUAUUUUAUACGAUCCCUACCCGCCAGGUGUAUAUUGCAACAGGACAUGGGACAACCUCGCUUGCUGGCCGGACACGCCCGCCGGAAGUAUCGUCUACCAACCCUGCCCGAACUAUAUACAGGGUUUCUAUUCCUUAGGUAAUGCAAGCAAGAGAUGUAUGCCUGAUGGUCAGUGGUAUGUCAAUCCGGCUAAACAGAUCAAUAAAACAUGGACUAAUUACACACAGUGCCUUAGAAGUAGGGAAACCCCUGCUCAUGUUUCAAAUCUAUUAAUGGUCCAUAUAGAAUACAUACAGUUGAUGUACAAUACUGGAUAUGGAAUAUCAUUCGUGUCUUUACUUCUUGCUGUCUUCAUUAUGUUAAAAUUCAGAAAGCUACACUGUCCAAGGAAUACAGUUCAUAUCAACUUGUUCAUAUCUUUUAUCCUUCGAGCCAUUCUGUCUUUUCUUAAAGACCUGUUGCUUGUGCAAGGCUUGGGGUUUUCUUUUGACGUUGAAUGGACAUCCACCGACACUGUUCUUUUCAUAGAAGAUGGUACGCACUGGGAAUGUAAGCUGUUGUAUACUUUGUUUCAUUAUGUGUUAACUGCGAACUAUAUGUGGAUCCUUGUAGAAGGUUUAUAUCUCCACACCCUGGUUUACGUAUCAGUAUUUUCAGAACGAGGCAGUGUCAAAUGGUAUUACCUCCUUGGUUGGGGUACUCCUCUACUGAGUGUCAUUCCAUGGGUUAUUAUUCGAUUGACUUUGGAAAAUAUUUUAUGUUGGAACACAAACCCUACUUUAGGAUACUUUUGGGUGUUAAAGGGGCCAAUAGCUCUGAGCACACUGAUAAAUUUCAUCUUUUUUAUAAAUAUAUUACGAGCAUUAUUUACAAAACUGCAUAAGCCCAGCACAUCGGCUGCAAGAAGAAACCGAUAUAGACGUUUAGCGAAAGCAACAUUAAUCUUAAUUCCACUGUUUGGUGUGCAUUACAUAGUGUUCAUAGGAGUGCCAGAAAAUCUCAAUCCAACUGCAGAAAUUGUGAAAUUGUAUUUUGAAAUGUUUUUCAAUUCGUUUCAAGGCUUUCUCGUAGCAGUUUUGUUAUGUUUUUUCAAUCAAGAGGUUCAAAUGGAAAUAAGGAAGUCGUGGUAUAGACUUUGUUCCAAACCUGACCCUCUAUAUAUACAGCAAGCUCAAUUACUAGUCAAUAGUUACGAUGGUGCCAGGCGACCACGAGAAUCCCGCUCAAAUUUACAUUCAGACAAGCACAUGUCUUCAGAAGGUUCAUCAGGAAUGAUAGACGGUUGCUUGUGCAAAUGGACGCUUGACAAAAACGGGAGGUUACGAUGUUCUUUUGUUAAAACGGCUCCAUUGAAGUCAUCGAGACCUAAAAAGAACUUGUUGGUUCAUGAAACGAAAAUGUGAUAAUCUGUUAUAAUCAAGCCUAGGAAGUACAAUGGCGCUUUUUGUUUUAAAUAUAUUCUGAUGAUAUGAUUUAGAUUAAAUUUUGCAAGAAUGCUAACAUUCCAUUUUCCUAUUAAGAUAAUAAUGAGGAUAAAACACAUUAAAAUUUCUUCGUUUGUUGAAAAGACAAAAUGUGUUUUGUUCUCGAUUUCCGUAAUUGUUACUAAAACGUCUAAUUAAUUUAGUAUUAUAUUUAGUUUAUAUUAUGUCUUUUUAUAAGACACAAAAUGUUUUUCAUUGCUUGUAGACUCCUUUCAACAUUACAACUCAUUUUUUAAAGUGAUAUUAUGCUUAAUGUUUUUGCAGUCAAGUUCAGUGGAAUUAGUAAUAUAUUUCUAAAGAUUGGCUAUUAUACUGGUGAUGGACCAAUAACUGAUAUUGAAAAAAUGGGUUUCAUACAAUGUAAAAUAUGCCUUACUAAAAAAAUGACUGCCCAACUUUUUUAAGAAUUGAGUGUACAUGUACAUUUAGAACGAUAUUUUUUAAAAAUUAUUUUGGUCAAGUUAACUUUUUACUUAUUUUUUAUAGUAAAAUCCACAAGCUAAACAAUUUGCGGAUUUUUUAAAAGUGAUUUUUAUUUUUACAAGUUACUGACCAUUUACCCUUGGAUGGGCAUUAUGUCAGUUUAAUCUUGAACAGUUCCAAGUCGUGUUUGUCAUCUCCUUAAUUUUUAUAUACACAUUCUGUUAGGUGAAUGUUAUUAUAAGCAUUGUGCAUGUUAGGCCACGAUCGAUACGCGAUUGUUAUUUUUUCCUCAUAAUAUUACUUUUUAGAAAAGGUACUAAUUUCGACACAAUAGUGUGUACAACAAAUGGUAUUGCACAUGACAAUCAUUUGAAUUAAAACUUUUUAAUGCUACUUUUAAAACAGGAGUGUCAAAAACAGUAGCUGUUAAAGUGACAUUAUGUUCAUUUUUCCAUAGUCAAGUUGAGCUGCAUUAACUAUAAAUUCAAAAAACGAUUGAUUUUUAUAACGGUGAUUGACCAACAGUUGAUAUUGGAAAAUGUUUAGGAUAAAAUAUAAAUCUGCUUAACAUACUAAGACUGUCCCACUCCUUUUAUAAAUUGAACGUUUCAGAUAUUUCUUUAGGUAUCGUGAGUGUUUUAUCGUCAAGGCGAAAACAAUUAUAAAUUUGAAAGGAUAUUUGGCAAAAUGUAAACUAAAUUUGACUGUCACUUGUUCUCUCGGUACAUGCCCUUUGAUGAAAUAAUGUCACUUUAACAAUAGAUUAAACUCAAGACAAAAUGAGCUAUUGUUUUACUAAAGUUUAUACCUCUUAACAAAAAAAAUGUUUAUGACUGAGCUUUAUGUAACUCCAUUUGAUUUGAAGGAUAUAAACUAUAAUAUGUAUCUUGAAAUGUAUAAUAAAACAUUACUUAAACUGAUCCUUUAACAGUUUCAAAUGAAUUUGCUUUUUUGGCGUUCUUUAGGAUUUCUAAUUUUAUUUCUUUUGUAAGUAAAAGAAAUAAGGACAAGAAAAAGGCUAAGAGUGAUAUAUUAUAUAUAUCACUGAUAAAUUCAGUGCAUUUACUCAAAGUGACAUAAUGUUCAUUUCCUGUUGUCAAAUAUAGCUGCAUUGGUUUUGUAUUUAAAACGAGUGCAUGUUAUAC